AUGUGCAACUUGCUCUUGGCCAAACCAGAUGGUCGGCAAGCAAAAGCAGUAGCAACAAUGGAGAGACGUAACGGCGUCAGCGCGAGCCUUGUUCUUGGCCUCCUGCUCGCCACCACCGUUGCUUGCCAUGGUGCGAGGGACAUCCCAGCAACUGAGCCCGAGUCCUACCGUCCCCAGAACGUCUUUGGGUUCGGUGGUUUCUACCCUGGCCCGUCGGUCAACUGGGUGUUUCCGGGGCCAAACGGCGUCACGCCACAGGUAGGCUUCGGCGGGAUGCCGGGCUCUAGCUCCUUCCCUGGCACUGGUGGCUCGUCCGGCAGCAGUGGCGUGGUCGGCAUUCAUGGUGCUGCCAAUCCCUGA